CUUGAUGGGUUUCAUUGGGUUUAAAUCGGUGAUUUAUGACGGCGAUACAUAUGUGGGAGAUGUGGAGGUUUUCCCCGUGAAAAACCAGAAAUUUCAAUUCCCAAACAACGAAAUACGAAUUAAGUACUUCACUCCUUCUAGUGAACGAUGCCCUCCUCUCUCGAUUCUUCAGAUUAUUUCCCCUUUCGCAAUUCGCUUCAAGCUCCAAUCGAAAGCUCUUACCGAACAGUCUCUACUCUAUCGGCUUCAUGCAUCCUGCUUCAGGGAACUCAAGACAGCGGUCGUGUUGCUCGGAGACGAAGAGCUUCACUUGGUGGCAAUGCCGACCAAGCAGGAAAUGCUUACUUGCUUUUGGUGUUGUUCUGUUCCAUUGGGUCUUUAUAUGUCCUGCUUACGAAUGCUGAACCUCCGAUGCCUUGCGAUUGUUUUUGAUCUUGACGAGACCCUUAUUGUUGCCAACACAAUGAAGUCAUUUGAGGAUAAAAUUGAAGCUCUUCAACAUAGGCUUGCCUGUGAAACAGAUCCCUUUCGGAUUUCGGUAAUGUCUGCGGAGCUAAAACGCUACAUAGAAGAUAAAGCACUACUUAAGCAGUAUACAGAGGGUGAUUAUGUUAUGGAUAAUGGGAAAUUGUUCAAGGUGCAGCUAGAGGAUGUUCCCCUUCUAUCUAAUAACAGUGAACAUGUGAUUCGGCCAGUUAUUAGAUUGCAAGAAAGGAAUGUCGUUCUUACUCGGAUAAAUCCUGAGAUUCGCGAUACUAGUGUGCUUGUAAGGCUGCGACCUGCGUGGGAGGAUUUGAAAAGUUAUUUAACAGCAAGAGGACGCAAACGUUUUGAAGUUUUUGUUUGUACAAUGGCCGAGAGAGAUUAUGCUCUAGAGAUGUGGAGGCUUCUUGACCCUGAGGCACACUUAAUAAGCUCAAAGCAGCUUUUGGAGCGCGUUGUAUGUGUAAAAUCAGGCUUGAGGAAAUCUUUGCUUAACGUCUUCCAAAAUGGAAUUUGUCAUCCAAAGAUGGCCAUGGUGAUUGAUGACCGUCAGAAGGUUUGGGAAGAUAUUGACCAGCCUCGAGUUCAUGUUGUACCUGCAUUUACUCCUUAUUAUGCUCCUCAGGCAGAGACAGCAAAGGCAGUGCCGGUUUUAUGUGUGGCCAGAAAUGUUGCAUGCAACGUCAGAGGUGGCUUUUUCAAAGAAUUUGAUGAGAAUCUAUUGAGAAGAAUUUUUGAACUCUAUUAUGAAGAUGAUGCUUUAAAUUUACCAAAUCCACCUGAUGUCGGCAGCUAUUUGAUGUCAGAGGAUACUGGUUUUGUACCUAAUGGCAAUAGAGAUGCUCCCAUUUAUGAGGGCAUAAAUGGUGCUGAAGUUGAGCGAAGAAUAAGUCAACCGGAUGAGAAGUAUACUCUGGAUUCUGCCUCUGGUUUCAUUUCUAGUAAUUCUGAAUUGAGACCUGAAAUGUCUCAACUACCGGUGACCAUCUUGCUAAAUAUUAUCAACCCAGCAACAGCUAGACCAAUUCUACCUUCACAGAGUAUAGUCACUGUUUACUUGUUUGAAAUGCAGUUCACAGAGUACAUGGUCAAGAUAUGCGGGAUCACAGCUCUGGUGAUCUAUUAUCUUUUCAAUCAAGGCUUCCUGCCUAGUAUCAGUACCAUCAACACAGCCACGUGGAAUCUGUACAGCCCGUUAAAUCUUACUUGGGUGCAGGCCUCUCUGGGAAAUGAACGUCAGAAACAAAAUCUUCCACAAUCAAAGCAGUCUUCAUUCUCAGAGGAUGAUGAGAAUCAUGUAUCUACGAAUAGUAGAGAUGUCCAGAGUGAAGGUGGGAAAGUGAUUUCACUAUUGUCCUCUAUAUCUACUGAGGUGCUGCAAGAAAUUGGACGGAGGUGUGGCUCCAAGGUUGAAUUUAGGUAUGUGGUCAGCAUCAAUAAGGAUCAGCCAUUUUUUGUUGAGGUUUUGUUUGCUGGGGAGAAGAUAGGUAUUGGGAUGGGGAAAACAAAGAAGGAAGCUCAACAAAAAGCUUCUGAGGAUGCUCUUCACAACUUGGCUGAUGAAUAUAAAGAUGAUGCUGCACCUGAUUCUGGAUCUGUGGAUGAAGAUUUGGAUAAGCUUUCUCUUAGAAAUGAAAAUGGAUUUUUAUGGGAAUUUAUGGAAUCGGGACUGGAGGAGCUGCACACAGAAGCUUUACCCUGUGCCAGCACUUCUGAGGUUUGGUUAGAGCAUGAAAAAUUUCCUGAUGACGGUAACAUUGAGUAUACUUUCUGGAGUGGGGGCUUGUCCUUCUAUGGAUCUCUUGUUGGAUCAAGAUGUAAGAGGUGGAAAAAGUGGCCUAAACACCUGCCCAUCACACACUUUCACUGCAAUGAAAUUAUAGUGUCUUGUGUUGACAUCUUAGAAAUUGUGGUACCACAAGCUGCUGAAGAUGUGGAUGGUAGUUCUAGAUCUGUGAUAAGUAAUCAAGCACAAAAGCGUUUAAACUCACCAAGGUCAUCACAGACUAUUCAAACUAAACGGUCCAAAGAACUCUUGCAUGGUCUACAGGGACACUUCCAGAGUGAGGGCACCCAAUGA